GCGCCGGUCAGUCCCAAGCAAGCGCCAGCGGUAAGUAUUUCCACGACAACCUCACACCACACUGCUUUCCUCCUCACACUGCUGCGACCCAACAACCUUCGACCAAGACGACAUCUUGACAAGUCCACUCGAUCGCCACAACCACCCCCCUGUAUCAGCCCAUCGCGCCCCGCCUGGUCGUUCGCUUCAACGGCCACCUGAUACGCAACCACUCGAGGUGAGGCCGACAUAAACACCGAGCAUCGGUCAUAUCCAGUGCAUUGCGCCUGGCUUCGGAGCGCAUGGCCAACCCAACGCGAACCGACCUGCUGUCGUGGCGCCGCAAUUCGAUUCGUGUAGUCGUGCAGGAGCUAACCUGCAUCUCUCAUAGACGCGUCCUUGGACAACGGGCACCACUCUUCAGAACUCAACAAUGGCGGACAAGCAGGCUGCCCCUCCCAGCACGGGGGCUCGCGAGAGACUCGAGGCUCAGAUCAAGUCUGCCGAUAUGACGGACGACAUGCAAGCCGAGUCGAUUGAAGUUGCCCAGGAAGCCAUGCAGAAGUUCACCAUCGAAAAGGAUAUCGCUCAGCACAUCAAGAGGACCUUCGAUGAGCGCAAGGGACCAACAUGGCACUGCAUUGUUGGCCGGAAUUUCGGCAGCUUCGUGACCCACGAGACGAAACACUUCAUCUACUUCUACCUUGGCCACUGCGCGAUCCUGCUGUUCAAGACCCAGUAAGUCGGCAGCAGGAGUCGCACCACCAUGCGGUGUUCGCUUCGACCGCAGGGAGUGAUGUCACUGUUGGGUAUGAGCCUGCUGGGGUGAUGCCACGGCACUUAGAAACAAAAAGGAGGCGGAAGUGACCACUGUCCUUCGUAUGGAUCGAGCGGCUCGAGGGCGGGUUCGACGCUUUUCGCAAUAAUGGACCAUGUGUUCUGAUAGUAUGAUAUUCAACAAAUGAGCAACGUCUGUCGUCAAUAUGUAUUACUGGUACGCAGAAAGAACCGCAGGAUAAUGCUCAAUGUUAGCAAGAACCUCAUGGCUGCCGAUCCUCUUGUUUCUUAAUUGCAUCAGACAAGUUCCCAAGCAAUUCUUGAAUUCGUUUUUCGACCGCAUACUCCACUCAGGUUAGAAGUCAGCUAGUAAAGUCUCUGACACAAUUCCAAACCGAGAAUCUCGCAA